GUAGAAGAAAGUCAAGCCGUGAUGGAUAUCUAUGACCCCCAGACCUUGGGAGUUAUGGUGUUUGGUGGAUUCAUGGUCAUUUCAGCCAUUGGAAUCUUCCUGGUAUCUACCUUCUCCAUGAAAGAGACAUCCUAUGAAGAAGCCCUAGCCAAUCAGCGUAAGGAAAUGGCAAAAACUCACCAUCAAAAAGUGGAAAAGAAAAAGAAGGAGAAACCUGUGGAGAAGAAGGGACGGGCAAAGAAAAAGGAGGAGAAACCCAAUGGGAAAAUCCCUGAACCAGAAUUGCUUCCCAAUAUAGCUGUCAUCUCCAGAGACCCCAUACCUGAGAAAGGUGUGGUGGUGGCUCCUAUUGUGGUAGAACCUCCAGUGCAAGUAGCACCAGUGGCAGCUGUGGUCGCAAGUGCCCCUGCACACCUGCAAGGGCAGCCUGCUUCAUCCCCUAAGGAAAAGAGGAAGAAGGAAAAGAAGGUGGCAAAGGUAGAACCAGCACCCAGCCCCAUUGUGAGUUCCAUGCAUGUCCUUUCCUCCAAGUCCUCAGUGCUUGAAGCUGCUCCCAAAGAGGUCCCUGUGGUUGCCGUUCCUCCUGUUGGCACAAAGACCAGUGCCCCAAAGGCAGAAGUUAUAAUCAACCAUGAGGAGCCAAAGCAUGAAGCCCCAUCAAAGAAGAAGUCUUCCAAGAAAAAGAAUGAGCCAACUCCAACAGAUUCUGAUGGCCCCCUGUAUCUGCCCUACAAGACUCUGGUAUCCACCCUCCGAAGUACAGUUUUCAAUGAAGGGGAAGCCCAUUGUCUCAUCGAAAUCUUAUCAGAGAAAGCAGGAAUUGUUCAAGAUACCUGGCAUAAGGCUACUCAAAAAGGCGAUCCUGUGGCAAUUUUAAAGCGACAACUGGAAGAGAAGGAAAAGCUGCUGGCCACUGAACAACAGGAUGCUGCUGCUGCCAAAAACAGACUAAGGGAACUUAAUAAGGAGCUUGCAUCCGAGAAGUCAAAGGCGGCAGCUGGGGAAGCCAAUGUGAAAAAACAGCUGUUGGCCAGGGAGCAAGAGAUUGUGGCUGUACAGGCACGCAUGAAAGCUAGUUACCGGGACCACGUGAAUGAAGUGCAGCAGCUGCAGGGGAAGAUUCGAAGUCUUCAAGAGCAGUUGGAGAAUGGACCAAACACACAGCUGGCUCGUUUACAGCAAGAGAACUCAAUUCUGAGGGAUGCUUUGAAUCAAGCAACCAGUCAGACCGAGAGCAAGCAGAAUGCUGAACUGGCCAAGCUCAGGCAAGAGUGUAGUAAGCUCACAAAAGAAGUGGCUGAAAAGUCUGAGGCUGUGCAGCAGGAGGAACAGCAGAAGAAGAGCUUGGAGAGCAAAGCCACAACCUUGGAGAAACAGGUCCAUCAGCUGCAGGUUUCUCAAAAAGAAAAAGAAGAUGCCCUCCAGAAGAGACUAGAUGAAGUGAGCGGAGAGCUUCGCAAAUCCCAAUCCAGCUACAAAAAUCUUUUGGCGGACUUGGAGAAAGCAAAAGGAGAUCAGCAGAAUAUUGCUGAACUUCGUAGCAAAUUACAGUCCUCUGAAACAGAGGUGAAAAGCAAGUCUGAAGAGUUGAAUAAACUCAAAGGAAAGCUUUCGGAGUCCAGUACAGAAAAUACAAAGCUCACAGAAAGGAUUAAAUCCAUUGAAGCUCUCUUGGAAGCUGGCCAGGCCAAGGAAGCCAAAGACACCCAGGCUAGCCAAGCAGAGGUGGAGCAGCUGCAAGCAAGGCUCAAAGAACAUGAGGCCCAGGUCACAUCUUUGGAAAAGGAAGCUAUGGAGCUAAAGGCAGCUGUCGAGCAGCAAAAACUUAAAAAUAAUGACCUCCGAGAGAAAAACUGGAGAGCAAUGGAGGCUUUGGCAUCUGCUGAAAAAGGAUGUGAGGAGAAAUUGAGUUCUUUAACCAAAGCAAAGGAAGAAGUAGAGAAGCAGGUCAGCAGCACUCAGACAAAGACAAAGGAAACUCUUCUCUCCCUCUUCCCAGACAUCUCAAUAACCACACAACAGAGUUAUGAUGAGUGGCUACAGGAAUUCAAAGAGAAGAGUACAGAAGCAGUAAAACAGAAAGCACCUGCUGGAGUAUCUUUGGACUUAGCCUCUAAGUUAAAGGAAGCUGAGGAAGCCCAAAGCACUUUACAGUCAGAGUGUGACCAGUACCGAACCAUCCUCGCAGAAACGGAAGGCAUGUUGAAAGAUCUUCAGAAGAGCGUGGAGGAGGAAGAGCAGGUAUGGAAAGCCAAGCUCACAGUAUCAGAAGAAGAACUACAGAAGUCACAAAUCAGAGUGAAACAUCUCGAAGAAACCAUUGAGAAGUUAAAAGGAGACCUACAGAAUACAGCUCAGGUAAGACGUCAAAGAAUAUGCGACUUCUUGGAGGCACGGCUAGAAGAUCACAUGUUAACAUCCAAUGCAGAAUGUCAAAAGUACGCAAAAGAGGUUGAAUCGUUGAGGGACCUUUUAACAGAAGCCCGAGAGCAGAUGGAUGCAGCUAACAGUGAAGCACAGAAGCAGAGCAAGGAACUGGCACUGGUCAGGCAGCAGUUGAGUGAAAUGAAGAGCCAUGUACAGGAUGGUGAAGUUGUUGGGUCGCAGGCUGACCUAACUGAGCAGGAACCUGUCGAGCUGAAAACACAGCUGGAGCAGACGGAAACCCUCCUAGAGAAGGAACAGAUCCAGCUGCAGAAGCUGACAGCUGAGUUUGAGGAGGCCCAGAAUUUGGUGUGUAAUUUGCAAACAGAAUUGGAGAAGCUUCGAGCAUCCACCAGCACGGAGUCUUCAGAAACGGAGGAAGUUAUUCAGCUGAAGGAAAGGCUGGAAAAAGAAAAGAAGUUAACAAAGGGCUUGGGUCAAGCUGCUACCAAGCUCCAAGGGCUUUUGAAGAUAAGCCAGGAGCAGUUAACCAAGGAGAAAGAAAUGGUAAAGAAGUUGCACGAGAAGCUUGAGAAAAUGGAGGAUGCUGGUAGUGCAAAGGAAGGGACCUCUGUCUGAAACACCUCCUGGGAUUAAAAGUUCCUUAUUCAACUUUACCAAAAUGCCUUACACAUUCCUUAAAAACAAAUCAACCUGAAAAAAAAUAUAUACAUGUUCCACAUCCUGUAGCUAUGAGACAGAAGCCAUUAGUGAACCAGAACCUUUUAGAUUCACAAAACAAAACAAAACCAUACUACAGGCACCACCUUUGUAAAGGAAUCUUUGUAACGUUUUCUAAAACGGUAUUCCCUGGGGCAAGCCCUGGACUGUCAGGAAGCGGACUCCAAAGCCUUUAUUAAAACUCUUCUGUAUGAACAGAACCCAUGAAUGUGUGAAACAGGGAGGGGGGUGGGGGGAGAGUGGGAGGGAGAACAUCUAUGUAUCUGUACAUCAAUCAGUGCAAUUGUUUUUUGUUGGGGGUGGGGGUGGGAGUGACUGUUUCUGCAGAGUUAUUGAGAAUGGGGAGAAAGCAGGCUUGAAACGGAAGUGUCAAGGAAGUGGGCCAUGCAGUUGCCAACAAGACCUGAUUGUGAAUUUCCGGAUGUUACUGCUAUUAAAACCAAUGUUGUAGCCAU